AUAGUUGAACCUUUACAACAAAUUUUUAGGACAACAAAUGAAGAUGGCCGAUGCCCAGGACUCAUCACCCGAGGAGCUUUCGUCCCCGGCAUGUACAAGCUGCGCUUUGAGACGGGUUCAUACUGGGAGAAUCUGGGUCAGACCUCCUUUUACCCAUAUGUCGAGGUUGUGUUUACCAUCAGUGACCCGGAGCAGAGGUUCCACCUCCCUCUGCUGAUGAGUCGGUUCUCCUACAGCACCUACAGAGGAAGCUGAGCGCUCAGAGGACGACCGGCUGCAGCUUCAACGCAGUGUAACCAGGGAUGGAGAGGGUCUCUGUUUUCUACAACUUGGACUUCUCCAGUUCAUGUGCUUGUUUGUGUUUUGUCCAGUUUCAAUGUUACCUGUGCUGAGUUUUAAAUAUUUUAUUGCGAUUGGUGUGAUGCUGACAUUUUAAUCAACAUACUGUAAUUAAUGUAACAGCAGCGGUGCAUAGAAACAUUAAAGGUCGGUUUUAUCCCUUUAAGUUACUUAUUAAAUGCAUAUUUAACAUUUA